AGACAGACAGAGGGGAGGGAGAGGGGAGGGAGAGGGAGGCGGGACGAAAAGAGAGGAAACGGGGGAGAAGGAAUCGAGCGAGAAAAGAGUUUGUAGUUGGUUUGCAGGAGAAGAAUGGCGGGAACAUCGGGCAGCGGGCGAUACGUGAAAGGGAUAACCCUUGGAGAGGGAACUUACGGUGUUGUGUAUAAGGCCAUCGACAAGGUGACGAAUCGGACGGUGGCUAUCAAGAAGAUUCGCCUCGGGAAGUACAAAGAAGGGGUCAACGUGACAGCACUGAGGGAGAUUAAGCUACUUCGCGAGCUGAAGGAUCCUAACAUCAUCGAGCUGAUCGAUGUCUAUCCCCACAAAAGGAACCUUCAUCUCGUCUUCGAGUUCAUGGAGAGUGACCUGGAGGCAGUCAUAAGGGACCGCAACCUUGUGUUAUCUCCUGCUGAUGUGAAAUCCUACCUGCAGAUGACUCUCAAGGGUCUGGCCCAGUGCCACAAGAAGUGGGUUUUGCACAGAGACCUCAAGCCCAACAAUCUGUUGAUUUCACACACUGGCGAACUCAAGCUGGCUGAUUUUGGUCUGGCACGGAUUCUCGGCAGUCCCGACCGGAAGUUGACGUCCCAGGUAUUUGCUCGGUGGUACCGAGCACCUGAACUGUUAUUCGGCAGCCGGCAGUACGGUCCAGCGGUGGACUUAUGGGCAGCCGGAUGUGUUUUCGCAGAGUUGAUUUUGAGGCGUCCUGUAUUUCCAGGGUCUAGUGACAUAGACCAGCUGACCAAAGUGUUUGCCGCCUUUGGAACGCCAAGGGAGGCUCAGUGGCCCGACGUUUCGUGCUUGGCAGAUUACAUGGAGUAUGUGAAUUUCCCUGCGCCACCUCUGAGCUGUCUGUUCCCGAGUGCCAGCGAGGACGCACUGGAUCUGCUGCAGAAGAUGUUCGCGUUCAAUCCCAACCACAGGAUAUCUGCGCAACAAGCCUUGGAACACAGGUACUUCAAGACAGAGCCUGCACCAACCCGGCCCGAGCUGCUGCCCCGACGACCACCACGUAAAGAGGCCAAUGAAGACGCACCGGGUCCAUCGGUGGCUCUGUCCCCCAUGGCGAAGAUCUUCCUCUCCCCGGUGGCAAAGGUGCGGCGCCUGUCUUAUCAGUUGGCUGCUCCCCAUUCAUCAGGAAUGAAGGAGCAGGGGUCAGGAAUGAGGGAACAGGAGGCUUCAGUGAUGAGAGAACAGGGCUCUGUAGUCAGGGAACAGGAGGCCUCAGUGAUGAGGGAACAGGGCUCAGUAGUCAGGGAAGAGGGCUCCGUCGUGAUGAGGGAUGAGGGCUCAGUAAUGGGAGAACAGGGGUCAGUGAUCAGGGAAGAGGGCUCAGUGAUGAAGGACCAGGGCUCAGUAAUCAGGCAACAGAUGUCGGUAAUUAGGGAACAGGGGUCAGUAAUCAGGGAAGAGGGCUCGGUGAUGAGGGAAGAGGGGUCGGUGAUGAGGGAUCACUCCAUGUGCGGCCUCGCUGGUGAGACUCCUAACGCUACAGGUGGGGCUAAUAUGGGCUCGGCAGUAUCCAUGUCGAUUGAUUAUGCUAUAAGAUGCAGACCCACUCUCAAUAGUGUUGACAGAUCAUAUCUCAGGAAACGGAAGCUGGAAAUGGAUGCUGCAUUUAGCCAGGCCUAACACAAAUGGAGCAGUUGAGAGGGCUUUUUUUUUUGCGGGGGGGGGGGGGGGGGGGGGGAAGGGGGGGAAUUUGGGACUAGCGCCGUUAUGUCUGGAGUGGGUUGUUUUGGGGAUCCUGAUGCCGCAUUUAUGAGGGGUUGUGAGUUCAAGGGAGUGGAAUUUUUCUGAUGAUGUGUUUGUGUGUGUGCUAGAUGGUCAUCCCUUUCGUACCUGUGUAGAUAAAGCUCAUCUUCAUUAGCGAGUUGAUGCUUCUUCGGGAGAUCAACUCCUUAAUGAAGAUCAGUGGAAUCC